UCUCACGAUCUCCACAAAUUCAACGCGUGUCCGACGCAGAGGCAGUCAUCGGCUUCGCCGCCCCUUCCCUUCUUCCCCAUUCUUCCAACUCGCAGCUUCUUUUGUCGUUUACCUUCCAGAUUCGCCUACUCUUCAGCUCGUCUUCAAUUCGCCACAUGUUUAUGGAGACCAAUCGCUUUUGAUUUCCUUUGAGAGCCAACCUACCUAUUUGGACUCCAUUUUUCUUUGAUAUUGUUCUGGGUUGAGGGUUUUAAGAUAGAUAUAUUUUGGUGAUUCACCCUUUGAGAAGUUUUUGGCAAGUGGGAUGAAUUUUGUUUGCUAAAAUAUUUACGUCCUUUGAAGAAUGUCUCUUGGAUCACCCUUAAAUUUGUACGAGUUGAGCCUUGUCAAAAGAUUAAGCCCACCUAAACAAUUACUGAGAUUAAAAGCAAAGACAUUGUGCCAACCAAAGACAUUUCCUGGUUCUUCUCUGCGACAAGAUGUAUGGGAUGGUCAUGUUUCAUACCAGAUAUACAAGCCAAUAUUGCCUAUUUCAUACAAAUUCCAUGUCUUCAGAUGUCAAUCUUCUACACUGCCAAGCUUUGAGCAUGUUUUCCCACUUCUGAGAAAUGUGACAUUAGCUUUGACUAGGUCUUGCAAUUCUUAUCUUGGAAGUCCUCUAUAUAUUCAGAUAAUCCCUGCUAUUGGGAUCAUUGCUUUUGCUCUAUGGUUUCUUGGGCCAUUGAUGCGUUAUCUGAGAAGCCAUUUUCGUAAUGACACUAACUGGAAAAAGAGUAGAGCAUACCAUAUUUCCACCUCGUAUGUUCAACCACUGUUGCUUUGGUCUGGAACCAUUAUUCUCUGCAGGUUUGCUGAAUUACUUGUAAAAAAGGCAUCCUUAUUCUUUUCUCAUUUUAAUCAAAAGCUGUACCCUUGCAGCAUUCUUGAUCGUGUAGUUCUACCCUUAGAAGCAAGCCAAGCAGUUAAAAUACGUUUUCUGAACUUUGUUAAGUCUUUAUCAACAGUGUUGACAGUUGCCUAUUGUCUGUCAAGCUUGAUUCAGCAGUCACAAAAAUUCUUCAUGGAAACUACUGGGGCUGAUGAUACAAGAAAAAUGGGGUUUGAAUUUGCUGGAAGGGCUAUUUAUACUGCAGUGUGGGUUGCUUCUGUUUCUUUAUUCAUGGAGUUGCUUGGCUUUUCCACCCAGAAAUGGAUCACUGCUGGUGGUCUUGGGACAGUGCUGUUGACUCUUGCUGGUCGUGAAAUAUUCACAAAUUUUCUUUCAAGUGUAAUGAUACAUGCAACACGACCAUUUGUGGUGAAUGAGUGGAUUCAGACAAAGAUUGAGGGCUAUGAGGUUUCUGGUACUGUGGAGCAUGUUGGCUGGUGGUCUCCGACUAUCAUAAGAGGUGAUGAUCGUGAAGCAGUUCAUAUUCCAAACCAUAAAUUCACUGUUAAUGUUGUGAGAAAUCUGAGUCAGAAGUCACAUUGGCGUAUUAAAACCCAUCUUGCCAUCAGCCAUUUGGAUGUUAACAAAAUCAGUAACAUUGUAGCAGAUAUGCGAAAAGUUUUAGCAAAGAAUCCUCAAAUUGAACAGCAAAGGUUGCAUAGAAGAGUAUUUUUGGACAACAUGGACCCAGAAAAUCAAGCACUUCUGAUUCUUAUUUCAUGCUUUGUCAAGACUUCACACUUUGAAGAGUAUCUGUGUGUAAAGGAAGCUGUUUUACUCGAUCUUCUUAGAGUCAUAAGCCAUCACAGGGCUAGGCUUGCUACUCCUAUUCGUACUGUCCAGAAAAUAUAUGGCGAUUCAGAGAUAGAGAACAUUCCUUUUGCAGAAAGUGUUUUUAGACGUUCUGCUGCAGUUAAUCGUCCAUUUCUUUUGAUUGAUUCUGAAUCAAGAAUCAAUGGCGAUGACAAAGCCAAACUACGUGCAACACCACGUGUAAAUGAAGACCAAAGCAACAAGACAAACAUGCCAUCGGAACCAAAAUAUAACUCAACUGCUGAAAGUGCAACAUCAGAUGACUUUGAUAAGAACCAAGAGAAGGUGGCAUAUCCUGAAGAUGUUUCGCCUAAAAGCAACAAGGACUUUACAGCUUCACUGCACUCUAAUUUUCCCCCCAGUUCACAGAUGGAAAGUUUGGAUUCCUUACAUACAGCUUCUAAAGCAGGCAACCAAAAACCUACCAUGAUGGAGUCUACCCAUGAACAAAUUGACGUUAAGAGUGAAAGUGGGGUUCAAGCAGUCAAACAAGUUGCCAGACCUGCCUUUGAAGAUAACAUUGUCCUUGGUGUUGCUCUUGAGGGAUCUAAACGCACCUUACCUAUUGAAGAAGGAAUAGGUCCAUCGUCCACACAAUUAGAGGCAAAUGAGUUUGCAGCUGAACGCAAUGCGAGUAUGUCUGCAACAUCCUCCAAGGAGAGCAAGGGUUCAACUCCGAUGGUUGAUCAGAAGGAUCAAGACAGCUAAGUAAUGUUUUUUAAUGCUGUCAAGGUGGUUUUCAUUUUUUUAGAAAAUAAAGGCACGGUGUUUGCUGAAAGGAUGGCUGAAACAAUUUAAUGGGAUGAAAUCGUUGCUAUUAUAGUUGUACAGGGCGUACAUCCUACGACACUAAAUGAUUUCCUUUGGAGAUUUGGGCCCUUUGGUUCAUCAACCAGAACCUGUUUGGUAUAUCAUGUAGUAACAAAUAUGAUCAUUCUGAGUUUGGGCACGUUGAUGUCUAAAAUUGUUGAACACAACUUGCCCGUAA